CCGGGUGAAGGAGCCUCCCCCUCUGUAUAUAUUCUCCACUCAGGCCGCAGAGGGGCAAGGCCUUCCCUCACUGCAGCACUGCCAUUUCUUCUCAGCCGAGCUCCUGGACCACAUCUGCAGAAAUAAUGAAAGACAUGAUGGUAAAGAACAUGUCCUUCAAGGUCGGACAGACCCUGACCCUGGUUGGAGUUGCCAAACCCGAUGCGACAAAUUUCGCAGUGAACAUCGGCUCCUCUGACCAGGACAUCGUGAUGCACAUCAACCCUCGGUUCAACGCCCACGGGGACGAGAACGCAGUGGUGUGCAACUCUUACAUCGGAGGACAGUGGUGUGAGGAGCUCCGUGAGGGAGGCUUUCCUUUCCAGCAAGGAGAGGAGUUCAAGAUCCUCAUUGGAUUCACCCCUCAGGAGUUCCUGGUGACUUUAUCCGAUGGCUCCAACAUCCACUUCCCCAACCGCAUCGGGGCGGAGAAGUACUCCUUCAUGAGCUUUGAGGGGGAGGCUCGCAUCACCAGCAUUGAGAUCAAGUAAUCCUGCUCCGUCCCAGGUCACAUAUAACUCCAGCUUUUAAAACUCCUUAGUACCUGCUCAUCACGCAUCAUCGCAUUAUGCAAGAAGUUAGCUUGUUGACCUGUGCAGAUACGAGUCGUAGAACAAAUGAUGGAUGGAUUAGAUGCUAUAGUCCCAACACUCACACACAGUGAGUAGUGGGAUUGAACAGAACGUCUCGAUGUGAUGUCGUAUGAAGAGCGAGUCACUUUCAGGACAUUUUGUGAGUCAUGUCUGCACAUUUUAAGCUUAAUUGUCUUUGUUUGAUGUCACUGUGCUAAACUACUCAUUGGAAAAACAAGCCAAACUUAAAGUAGUCCCAAGCCUAUGUUAUCUGACUGUUAUUAACUUUGCAGAGUUUAGCUGUAAUGUGACCAUGUUCUUCUUGAAGGUGCCUUGAAAUGUUGCAUGUUCUUUAUGGUUUUGUUUUCCCGCCCAAACAUUCCAGAUUUGUAACAACAUGUAUUAAAGCAUGACUUUAAAAUACAAAUGAAGAAAAGGACUUUGGUUAUUCCUUUAA